AUGUCCAACCCAGCAGAGCCCACAACCCAGGAAGCCACUGCACCUGCAGACUCUACGGCUGCUCCUGCGCCUACCACGACCAUGCCCGAUGCUGCUGGCCUUGACGUCCCUAUGGCCGAUGCUGGCGAACCUGCUUCGUCUCCCGUUCCGAUCCCGCAGGUCGCCCCGAGUGCUCCUAGCCCUGCUCCUCGAACUGGUACUCCCAGCCGUAAUGUCAAUGGCGAGGCCAGCUCUCGUGCUGGCUCAGUUCAUCCGGAUACGAAUGCGACGAACAUCCCCAACCGCGCAGUAGAGCAUGGCGACAGUGCCCGCAUGUACAUCAAUAACCACGUCACUGCUGCUCUGCUCGAGGGCAUGAAGAUUAUCAGCAAGAACCAGUAA